AUGCCUGACGGCUCCCACCGAACACUCCGAUUAAAGAAGGUUGCCUACUGUCCCGGUUUCUCAUCGAGCCUGGUUUCUUUGCAGACUCUUAUCGACGACGAUCAGAUCUUUUGGGAUACGCUGUCUGAGCCUAUGAGGCUAGUCCGAAAGGGCCAGACUAUCGGGAUCACCGAGAGGAAAUAUCAGCAGUUUGUUGUUGAAUACCAGCCCGUGGAAACCGAAUUCCCGGAUUUCAACAACUGGACCGACCUUGCGAGAGACCACGAGAACUACGUCCGUGUGAUGUUUAUCACAGACGCCUUCUCUGGAAUGGUCUUUCCCUACUUCAUGAAGACCUACAAGGCAAAGGAACACGGAGCUGUCUUGAAAGACUUUUCCUCCUUUAUGCUCGCUCGCUUUGGAUUUAAGACGAAUGUCGUGCGCUCUGACGGCGAGCUCUUCACGAAGAAAAUCUCAGCCUGGAUGAGGAAGAAAGGGAUGACAAAGGCGAUGUCAGCUUCCAACACUCAGGACCAGAAUGGUGGAGCCGAGAGGAAGAAAAAUCAGCUCUCACAUCUUCGUGCGUACGGCUGCCGAGCCUACGCAAUGACAGCAAAUGCACAGCUUGGAUUGAGGAAGAGGUGGAAGCUCGACCCGAGAGCUCACAUCGGAUACCUCAUCGGUUAUAAGUCUACAAAUAUCUUCCUAAUUUGGGUCCCUCUCUUGAAGAAGGUCAUUGCAACGAGAGAUGUUGUCUUUGACGAGUAUACGUUCUUCGAAGGAGGAGGCGAGCGGAUGCCGCUGCCUGCGAGCAUCGGAGAGAUGAUCCAACAGAUUGAAAUCCCGGAAGGCCAGACGGCGAAUCAGGCCAUCCUUGACGAAGAGACCGAUGAAGACACUGAUAUCGAGGACUUCGAGGAUGAUGACAUCAGAAUGGCUGAAGAUAACGAAGACGAGGAGCAGGGACAACAACAAAGCGAAGAGCAGGAAAAGAAGACUACGGGAGAGCGCGGGAGCUGGAAGAUGCAUACCUAA